AGGUAGAGGAAGUCCGCGACCCAGCUGGUUGAGGUUAUUAUAAUUCUUCGAAAGAAAAACCCUUCCUUCUCUGCCCACCAAAACCAUCGACACCAUCGACAGCUUUCGGAUCUGUAACGGUAUCGGGCGAGCAAAGCCUCUGCCCGCUUCGUUCCGUUUCCGGGCCUGUGUCAAGGGGAAAGAUCUCUGCUUGAGAUUUUCUUUGAUUUGAUUGUAGAAGUUUUAUUCAAGAAUUAAUCUACAAUAUAGCUGUUGAUUUCGAGUUGUUGGCAAUGAAGACCAGCGAACGGGUUGCAAAUCUGGCUCUAGCAGGUUUAACUUUGGCACCGCUUGUCGUGAAUGUAGAUCCAAAUUUGAAUGUAAUUUUAACAGCAUGCCUGGCAGUUUAUGUGGGUUGCCAUCGGUCUGUCAAGCCAACACCUCCUUCGGAGAUGAUGUCAAAUGAGCACGCCAUGCGCUUUCCUCUGGUUGGAAGUGCGAUGCUUCUAUCGCUGUUUUUACUCUUCAAGUUUCUAUCAAAAGACUUGGUUAAUGCUGUACUGACAUGCUACUUUUUUAUACUUGGGAUCAUCGCACUUUCUGCGACCUUACUACCUGCUAUUAGGCGUUUUCUUCCAAAACGUUGGAACGAGGACCUCAUUUGCUGGCAUCUUCCAUAUUUCCACUCUGUGGAGGUGGAGUUCACAAAGUCUCAGAUUGUUGCAGCUAUUCCCGGAACUUUUUUCUGUGCAUGGUAUGCUUCAAAAAAGCAUUGGCUUGCAAACAAUAUAUUGGGGCUUGCAUUUUGCAUUCAGGGAAUAGAAAUGCUCUCUCUUGGGUCUUUUAAAACUGGUGGCAUUCUAUUGGCUGGAUUGUUUGUGUAUGAUAUCUUCUGGGUCUUCUUUACCCCAGUGAUGGUUAGUGUUGCAAAGUCAUUUGAUGCCCCUAUAAAGCUUCUGUUUCCAACAUCGGACACUGCAAGACCAUUCUCCAUGCUUGGGCUUGGGGACAUUGUAAUCCCAGGUAUUUUUGUUGCAUUGGCACUGCGUUUUGAUGUGUCGAGGGGGAAAGAAACUCGAUAUUUUAAGAGUGCAUUUUUUGGAUACACACUGGGUUUGAUCCUCACCAUUGUUGUGAUGAAUUGGUUUCAAGCUGCACAGCCUGCUCUUCUAUAUAUCGUGCCUGCCGUUAUUGGAUCAGUUGCUGUUCACUGUGUAUGGAAUAGGGAAGUGAAACCGCUGUUGGAGUUCGAUGAGUCAAAGGCUGCAGCUGAUUCUAGUAGUAGUAGCAGCAGUUGUAGUUCUCUGUUGCAAGAGGGAGAGACGAGCGGUGGUGAUACGAAGUCUAGCAAGAAAGAGUAGUGGUCCAUCUCCAAGCUUUUUUCUAAUACAGGUAACAAAUGCCAUUGUUUUACAUCACUGAGAACCACCUUGCGGGAUAAAGCACGUAUGCCAUUGUAACAGAUUUUGGUAUAAAUUAGUUAUAAACUGACAUUUUAUUUGUGCCCUCCCACAA